UCAAGGUCAAGCUCCUGGGGCUAAGCCCCCCCAUAUCUCAAUCCUAGUGACGUCCAUGGAUGACAGCGUUGGUUUUUUCCUGUAGAACCAAGCUGCGCAGUUGCAGCUGCGCAGUCUGACCAGCAGGAGGAGCUGCGCAGCGCUGAUCCCCGACAACAGGAAACAGCGAAGAAGAAACCAAACCGGAAGCUGUUUAAAGCAUUUCGGCGCCGCUUUUAGCUCCAGUCGGGUUCGAAAAAAACCCGAACCACAGACCCGGAACCGGACCUCUGCUGACCGGGACACCGGACUCGGUACAGACGGUUCCGAGUCCGGAAAGAUGGACUCCGCCCUGCAGCUGUUCCUGGACCGGUUCGGACCCAGCAGUGAAGCGGAGUCUGAGUGGCUGAAGAGCUUCUUCACCUUCAUCUGUCAUCACCUGUGUCCUGGUACCUGUGACCCCGCCCCUUCUGCUGGUGACCAGCCAUCACCAGGCCCCUCUCAGCUCAGUGGCUACCAGCUGAGUGUCCGUGUCCUGCAGAUCAUCAAGGACAAGGCGUGUGUCUCUCACAGCUUACCUGUCAGCUACAGGCUGGUGUCCGUUUCUGAGCUCCUCUCCCAGCAACACCUGGCCUGUGUCAGCAACCUGUCCUGGAGCACUAAUCAGCAGCGAGAGUGGGCCAAGGAGGCGGAGCUAUCUGGGGCGGGUCACAGGGCACUGCCACGUGUCAACCUGCUGCUGAUUGGCUGGCUGAGAGAGGGGCGGGGCGGGGAGUGGAAGCUGGCUGACAGCAGUGGCAGUGUCAGGUGUGAGCUGGUGUCUCCGUCUCCUUUGUGGCUCGAUCGUCCCGUCUUCCUGCCUCACUGGAACUACAUCCCCCAUGACGCCUCUGGGCAGCAGGAGGAGUCGGGGCUGGUAGAGCUGAUUGGUGCUCCUGUUCUGCUUUGUGCUGAAGCUGAGCUGGGAUUGGCUGCAGGAGGAGGGGCGGAGCCUGUGGGAGCUGUGGUUGUCAGCAAAGCUGCUGGGUUUCUGAAGAACAGGGUCAAAGGUCAGCGGGUGUCAGUAUACGGUCAGGUGGAAUCAGUGUGCCCUCUGCUGGUGGUGGCAGGAAGCACCUUCUUCUUCUUCACCCUGAAAGACGACACACACACACUUCCUGUCCUCGUAAAGGACAGCAGGCUGUGCUGGGCUCAGUGUGUGCGUGUUGGACAGAGUGUGUGUGUGACAGCUCUGCGUGUGUGUGUGCUGCGAGGCUGGAAAGGAAACAGCGUUCUGUGUGUGACCGAGCGCUCACAACUACACACACAAUACACACACCCUGAUGGCGCACAGCCCGGCACACACACUCCUGCUGACUCCGCCCCCAGUCCCUCCCUGCUGGGCAACAACGAGGAGGUGGAGCCUGAGGAGGACCCUACCCAAUCAGCAGUGAUGAUGAAGCACUCCAGAGUCAUCAGCUACCAGGGCACAGUGACAGAGGUGGUGAAUCAGGGGGCGGGGCUGUAUGUGAUUGACAGGACGGUGGGAUUGUGUGUGGCCUAUCAGCCGUCAGCGAGGAGGAGGCUGAGAGCAGGUGACCAGGUGGAGCUGCACCACGUCCACUUCCUGUACCGGCCCUGUGCUGACCUCCCUCCCAGCAUGCUUUGCUGCUGUCUGAGCUCCAGCUUGAGGGUCACCACCUUCAGCAGGUUGGAGGGCUGUCCUCCUCCUUCCCGCUGUCCUGGAGACGGCGUGUUGCCAUGGUUACUGCUGCAGAACAGCACGGGCCCCGACCAGUACCUGUGGGUGUGUCACCUGACCUCCCAGCUGUCCAAGAGCCUGGCCCCAGGUCUGCUGAAGCAGCAGUGUGUCUGUCUCCUCUCCUGGAAGCUGAUGGAGACACUGUGGAGACGGAGAGGAUGGGGACAAAGAGACAUCUAUUCUGAGAUGUUGGACAAACCUCACAGCUGUCCUCUGACUCAGUACCGCGUGGACCCCGCCCUCCCUGAGUACAUCAGCAUCUCAGACCUCCUCCAGGCUCUGCAGUCCAACGUCUGGUCUCUGAAGUCUCUGCUGCCCCCUAAAGGAUCCGGUCUGACCAGGACUCAGAUCAACUCAGCGCUGUCCUGGUCCUGCAGGACGCUGUCUUCUGACCCUCAGACAGGAGACAGUCUCAGGCCCCGCCCCUUGCUGCUAGUGGGCGUGCUCCAGCUUCCCUCCCUGACGUCUGAAUUCAGUCAAACUUUGCAGCUCAGGGAUGCUACUGGAGCUGUGUGCUGUGUCGUCACGGAAACCAGUAAGGAGGAUACGGGACGUCAGACGGCUUCCUUCAACACUGCUUGGAUAGGAUGUCUGGUGUGUGUUCGUCAGUUCACCAUGGUAACAGAGAGAGCCCUCCAAUCAGAUUUCCCUUCCUAUCAACAUCUGGAUGAGGACAAGUUCAUCACAUUCAGAAGCUACAGAGUGUACGUACAGUUCUCCCUGGACCACCUCCUCAUCCUGAGCCCAUCUGUUGGCAUGGUAACACACCUGAGGUCAACGGGGGGACCUCCAGGGGGAGAUGCGGGGGAACAGACAGAAGAAGAGCCAACAGACAAGAAAAGAAGAGAAGACCCAAAUCCUUCUUCCUCCUCUGUUACCAUGGCCACUGGCCCUGAGGGUGGGGCCUCCCAGCCCUGUGUUACUGUGGUAAUCAGGGUGGAGCAGAAAGAGGGCGUGGCCUGGAAGAACACAGGGAAAGAGUUGACAGAAAAGAAGGUUGGGCUUCAACUGUGCUUUUCAGUUAGAGCUGCUGUGAUUGGUCCUGUGGUCAGCUGGGAGAGGGACCCAAAAAACAAACCAAUGAUGGAACGAGAGGUGGGGCCAGAGAAGGAGAAGGUGAUUCUGGUCUUCUCAGGUGUUUGUUCUCGGUGGUUUCCUCUCCUCCAACCUGGAACUUUUUACAGACUGGUUGCAGCCAACACUCAGGAUCCCAGCGUUCUGAUUGGCUGCAGAGUUUCUGGGAGGAGUGGCGUGGAGCUUCACACUGAAGCCACUCUUCAGGUCAGAUCUGAUUGGAGGCUCCACACGCUGACACGCCUUCUCCAGGACCCCACCUGCACACAGGUGGAGCCCCCCCCUGUCCUGUCGGUGUCCCAGGUGUUGGACUGCAGCUCUGAGCUGGUGUGUGUUCAGGGUCAGGUGUGUGAGAGGGUCGCUGUGAGCAGCAGGACCGCAGAGUCUGGGUCUUCACACACAGGUGUACGUCUCACCAUGUGUGACCAAACUGGACAGAGACUCCAGGUGUACCUGGACCUGAGACACGCCCCCUACCCACCUGGCCUGUUGCCUGGCAACACUCUGCUGCUGUCAGGUGUCCAGAGGAAGAUGUCCAGGUCGGGGGGCGUGUACUGCUCCUUCCUACCUGUCAGCUGUAUCUCUGUGAUGUCACUGGGGGAUUCCAGAUGUGCCCCGCCCCCACCUGUUCCCAGGAUGCACUUGGCUCAGUGGGCUGGAACUGAUCAGCACAAGUGUAAUAUGGCUCAGGUCAAAGGUCACGUGGCGUGUUUCUUGUUCCUGCAGCUGCAGUGGAGCUGCUCCCAGUGUGGGAGUGUGUACUCACAGGUGUGCAGGUCUCAGUGUGGAUCAUCCUGCUCUCAGUUUGAGUCCAGAGCUAAGGUGGUGAUUGAGGACGGAACAGGUGAGGCUCAUGUCUGCUUCUCAGGUGGACCUCUUCAAACUCUGCUGGGAUUGGCUGAUUCCCAGUGGGAGGGGCUUCAGAGAGCAGUCAGAGUGAGAGGGCACGUCAGAAUCUUCCCUCAGGGGCGAAGCUUGGUGUGUGAUGGUGACUCUGAUGACUUCCUGCACCACUUCCUGUUUUGUGUCUGUAGCAGUGAUGUCAUGUGUCGGCCGAUCGCCCUCACAUGCAGGAGGCUGACCAAUCAGAGACCAGAAGAGGUGAGGCGCUUCACUCGAGGAGACAGAGAGUUUAUGACCAGACUGCCUCGCCCCCUGCAGCUCACCUGUGUACACCUGGAGCCUGACUGACCCUACCUGAAGGAUUUCAGAAUAAAAGCUUGACUCUUCACUA